AUGUUUCCAUCGUACGCUGCCGUGGCCGUGUUCACUUUCGCGAUUUUAAGUAUAAACUUGUACUCGCCUGUCGAAUCAGCCGCAACCGGCUUACUGUACGGGUCGUGCGAGGAUUGUCUGAAGUCGGAGUGCCACAUCAAUAGGAAAAGGCCAUGUAUAACCAGAUACGACCCUCAGUACAAUUUCACAUGUUUUACGUGUGAUCUCGAAAAUGGCAACCUACAGUUCUAUUCCAAAGAUGAAUGCAAGAGGUGCUGCACGGACCCAUUGAAGAUGUGCGUUUGUGACAGAUCGUGUUACAUGUGCAUCGUAAAACAGGGCGUCGAUUUGAAUAAAUACAUGAAUUGCAGCGUACCAUACGAGGAGGAGGAACCAACGUGCGUGUAA